AUUCACUAAUUGCCGUCUUAUUCAAUCGCCCUGCCUGUCGCUGCAUCUCCACGAUCCCUCUUUCCGCUGCUGCUCGUUCCUCUCUUUCCUCUCUUCCACCAUCUCAGUCUCCACUCUCCUUGGAUCACCUUCAGCGUUCGUCGAUUGACCCCCUGUCUCUUCACACUUCUUCGUCUUCUUCCUCCACGUCCUUCGCCCGUCUGCAAGGCCUCUUCAUCUUCAUCUUGGACCCCAUCAUCAGCAUCUUCUCGCCUAUCCUGGAAUCGCAAAACAAGCAAGCCACAAGUGCGCAGCAUCCACAGCAGAAGCUCAUCCACAUCUAGAGAUCUCUGCCACCACCAGUCUGGCAUCCGCGCCGCCUCUCCUCGCCACUCGGCCAUGUUGCCACCUUCAUCUCUCGCAGGCCCAUCCUGCCUCUCCAGCCGCUCGACAUCAGCCACCUCGCGCCCGCAGCGCCCAUCACGGUCACGCCAGCGCAAGAUGAUGUCGACGGCAGCGGUGGCGCUCGCGGCGGCGGCAGCGUCGACUGCUACCACGGCGUCAGCGCAGUCCGUUAGUCUCGUCCCUCCCAUGACCCAAAACACAGCUAAUCCCCUUUCGGCCAUCCUAAGCCCUGCGUAUGCUGGCAUGGGCAUCGAACCUACCUCGUUGUAUCCCUUCACGGGGACGACCGAGCGCAACAAUCUCACCUACACCCUUCUCACGAACCUGCAAAAGUACACUGGCGUGCCUCCGCACAUUCGAGUCGGAGGUAAUGCUGGCGAUACGAUGCUCUACAACGCCUCGUCUUCAGGGUACACUAUCCAUCAGAACGCUUACCCGUCAGGUUCAGGCCAACCAAAUCCCAGUGAUCUGCUUUACUUUGGCCCAUCCUACUUCGAGGCGAUGGACAACUUCCCUGAAGGCACGCCGAUCACCUACGGCUUGAACUUGGCGUACCAGGGCUCAGGCUGGCUUGACGGUAUCGUUGCGCAGGCCAAUGCCUCGCUCAAUGGUGUGCAGAAUGUCAACAUCGUCGGCUUCGAAAUUGGAAACGAGCCAGACCUGUACGGCCAAAACCAGUUCCGAACAGACGGAAGCUGGACCCCCACCGCCUACGGCAAUCAGUGGCAGCAGGCCGCCGUAGCCAUCUACAACAACGUGCUCAAGGCCAAGAACAUUGGCACCAACUUCUUCGAGCCAGCCGCCACUGCCACGACGGCCACUUCACGCGGUCAGCCGUUCCGCAUCGCCAACCUCGUCAGCACCGGCGUCGCAGCAGAGAAUGGAAUCUACAUCGCCGGGUGGAACCAGCACGACUACUUCUACUACUUGGGCGUGAGCUCCUAUCAGCUGACGUCCGACCAUCUCCUCGACCUGUCUGCCACGUCGUCGCAGUUCAAGGAGUGGCGCGACCAGUCGCAAGACGCCUACAACACGGGCAAGCCCUACUACCUGCGCGAGAUGGGUUCCGUUGGCCCAACAGGCAUUCAGGGGAUUUCUGACACCUUCGCAAAUACGCUGUGGACAUUCCACUUCUUUUUGUACGCAGCUACGGUGCAGGUCGCCUCGGUCCAGAUCCACAUGACGGCCGAGUCAUACGCCUCGCCUUGGCAGCCGACGGCGAGCAACUCUGACGGAUCACAGCCGCACGUCCGCUCGUCCUACUAUGCCUUUGCUGCCAUUGAUCAGAUCAUCGGCGCAACCUGCAAUGUGCGCGUGGCUCAGUACUCGCUCAACAAUAUUCCCAGCGGCUAUACGAACCGUCUCGCCUCGUACAACACGUACACCGACGGCAACUUGCAAACCCUCAUCGCCAUCAACACGCAGCCAGCUCCCAGCGGAUCGAGUAUGGGGACAGUGACCUUUACCUACACUCUUCCUGCUUGGUCAGGCAAGACCGUCUACCUCUCGCAGCUCACGGCGGCGGGUAGUGAUGCGACGCAGAACACGACGUGGAACGGCAUGUCGUACGAGGCCAGUGGGACGGGCACGAUGACCCAGGCAGGAGAUCAGCCGCAGCAGGUCACGGUCGGGCAAGAUGGACUGCUCAGUGUGCGGGUGCGUGACUCGCAAGCUGUGGUAGUCAAUCUCGGCUCGCAGAUUGGCACGCAGAAUAACCAGAUCAACACGGCCAACUGCCAGAAGCUGGCGAGCUCUACAUCAGAGGGCAACGACGUGACCGUUAGUGGGACGGUCCAGGCUGGUAGUGCAGGCUCUUCGGCGCCCACCUUUUCUUCGCAGCCGACUGGCUACAAUCCUUUCCGCAACAGCGUGGCUCUUAAUGCAAGGCCCGAGCUGGUGCUCGUCACCCUCGUGGCUGCGGGGCUGGGUUCGCUCCUUGUCGCCUUCUCGUAAUUUGGCACACACUCUCAAAUGUGCGACGUCUUCAUGGACUCCCAACACCUCGCUUCUUGCUAUUCACCCAAUUUUUCUCCCUCUCCCUUCUCACGGACACUCUACUUCCCUUCUUGUCUACCGUCUCUAUAUAGUCUCAUUAGCUCUGCACUUGGAUUCGUCUUGUCCCGCUACUCUCUCGCAUAACUAGCUUCUCUCGGAUGCGCAGCACUGCUCACUUGAUUCUUCUUGUCCAUAGCCACCAUGCCUUCUCUUGUUGGACUUCUGUUAACAAUGCUAGAUGGCGAGCGCUUUCCCACCGUGGAUCAUCCAUUCGUUGACCUGCUUGUCAAUGCAGCGCCACUCGU